UUAAAGAGGAGAGUGAAGACAUUAAGAUUGAAGAUGCAAUCAGUGUGAAACAAGAAGAUACUGAGGAACAAACAGAUCUGAUGCUGCUGAAAGAGGAGAGUGAAGUACUAGAUGAAAUGAAAGAAAAAGAUCAGUAUAAGAAACAUCAUGAUAUUGUAACUGAAGAAAUAUCUAAAAAGAAUUCCUCACAAAAGAGUAAUUUCACCUGCCAACAGUGUGAGAAGUGUUUCUCUUCAAAAGGAAACCUGAAACGCCACAUUGACGCUCACUCUGGAGAGAAGCCUUACGCCUGCCAGCAGUGUGGAAAGUGUUUCAAUAAAAAAGCAACCCUUAAAGGCCACAUGAGUAUUCACACUAGAGAAAAGCCUUAUACGUGCCCUCAGUGUGGAAACUGUUUCACGCAGCAAGGAAACUUUAACAGGCACAUGAGAGUUCAUACUGGAGAGAAGCCUUACACCUGCAAACUGUGUGAAAAGAGCUUUACAACAAAACUAAACCUUAAGGAUCAUAUAAACAGUCACACUGGUGAGACGCCAUUUACAUGUGAUCAGUGUGGAAGGAGCUUCCGAUAUAAGGUAACCCUUAAAAGGCACGUGAAGGUUCACUUAAGAGAGAGCAGUUUUACAUGUCAUCAGUGUGGAAUGAGUUUUCUCAGACAGCAAAACCUUACGGAUCAUACUCACAUGAGAAUUCACACAGGAGAGAGGCCUUACAAGUGUCUUGAGUGUGACGAGAGUUUCUCAUAUAAGAGAAACCUGAAAACCCAUCUGCUGACUCACUCUGGAAAGGAAUUCUAG